AUGAAACUCGAGAUUUGCUCUUUCUCUGGCUAUAAGAUCUACCCUGCCAAGGGUAAGACCUACACUUUCAAGUUCAUCAAUGGCAAGGCCGAGUCUUAUUUCCUUCAGCGCCUGAACCCUCGCAAGAUCCGAUGGACCGUCAUCUACCGUCGUCUUAACAAGAAGGGUGUCACCGAGGAAAUCGCCAAGAAGCGCACUCGUCGCACCGUCAAGCACGAACGUGCUAUCGUUGGUGCUUCCUGGGACGCUAUCCGUGCCAAGCGCAACCAGAAGCCCGAUGCCCGCGCUGCUGCUCGUCAAGCCGCUGUUGCCAAAUCCAAGGAGGCUAAGAAGGCCGCCGCUGCCGCCAAGAAGGCUAGUGGUCCUGCUCAGGGUGCCAAGGUCAGCAAGCAACAAGCCAAGGGUUUCGCUCCCAAGGCUGCCGCCACCUCCCGCUAA